CCCUUCUAAAUUGUUUGUUAUCUUGUUUGAAGUAGAAUUUGACGAGCUACACUCUUAAGUCUCGGCGGCGUUUGGUUCCAUUGACUCGAGCCUUCACAGCACCGCCCGUCAGAACCGAUUGUAAGCUAACGCGUCAAAAAUGAUGCUGCACGCUACUGCUCCCCUGACCGGCAAGGCCGUUGCCUGCAAAGGCUCUCGUAGCGUCCCUUGCGUCGCUCCUCGCACGACAGCUCGCCGCCUGCCUGUCGCGCGCGCCACCAGCACCGAGAGUGAUGAGAUUGCUCUGCUGGAGAAGGCCCUGAGCAUUGCCAAGGAGCGCGCCGCCAAGGCCAAGGAGGUUGCUGCUGCCCCUCCCGCUACUGCCGCCGGCGGCUACAGCGGCCCCGGCUUCACCAUCAAGACCUUCAACGCCAUCUCGCCCGUUGGCCUGGAGCGCUUCCCCGCCGGCAAGUACGUGGUCAGCGGCGACGACGCCAAGCUGCCCGCCUCGCCCAUGGCCAUCAUGCUGCGCUCGCACCAGCUGAAGCAGGAGGAGGUGCCGCCCACCGUGCGCUGCAUCGUGCGCUGCGGCGCCGGCGUGAACAACAUCCCCGUCCCCAAGAUGACGGAGCUGGGCAUCCCCGUGUUCAACACGCCCGGCGCCAACGCCAACGCCGUGAAGGAGCUGGUCAUCUGCGGCCUGCUGCUGGCCAGCCGCGGCAUCCUGGAGGGCAACAAGUACACCGAGGAGGUCAUCUACAAGGAGGAGAACAUGGACUACGACAAGGUGGCUAAGCGCAUUGAGAAGGACAAGGCCAAAUUCGUGGGCUGCGAGAUUGAGGGCAAGACGCUGGGUGUGGUGGGCCUGGGUGCCAUUGGCGGCCGCGUGGUGAACGCCGCGCUGGCCCUGGGCAUGAAGGUGGUGGGCUAUGACCCCGUGCUGUCGCUGGACGCCGCCUGGAAGCUGCCCGGUGACCGCAUGGCGCGCGCAGAGAGCCUGGAGGACCUGCUGAAGGUGUCGGACUACGUGACCGUGCACGUGCCGUACAUCAAGGGUGCCACGCACCACAUGAUCAACGGCACCAACCUGAAGCAGUGCAAGCCCAACGUCAGCUUCCUGAACUUCUCUCGCACGGAGAUCAUUGACGGCGAGGCCCUGCGCGACAUGUACAAGGCCGGCCGCCUCACCGGCAAGUACAUUUCCGACUUCGCUGACCCGUUCCUGUCGGGCCACCCCAAGCACCUGGUCAUUCCCCACCUGGGCGCCUCGACCGAGGAGGCUGAGGACAACUCGGCUGCCAUGGCUGCGGAGACCGUGAAGGACUUCCUGGAGACCGGCACCAUCCGCAACUCGGUCAACUUCCCCCAGACCGUGCUGGACAAGAAGCCCGGCCACAUUGGCGGCCGCCUGUGCAUCGUCAACAAGAACGAGGCGGGUGUGCUGGGCCAGAUCACCACCUUCCUGGGCACGCAGAACAUCAACAUUGAGCAGCAGAUCAACACCUCGCGCGGCGACAUCGCCUACACCGUGCUGGAUUUCGGCAAGGUGGAGGACCCCGCCGGCCUGCAGGCGGGCCUGGCCAAGGCCUGCCCUGCCAUCAUCUCGUCUCGCUUCAUCGGCAACGUCUUUGACGAUGAGCUGGGGCAGCCCGGCACAUACUUCUACGUCAAGUGGGCCAACAGCGCAUAAGCGGCUUGCUCGUUUGCCAGCUGGGGCGCACCGUGGCUGCGGCCUCACGGGAUGGCGAUUUCGGGCAGACAGCGCUGGUGCAGGAGCCGUGCGGAGCAUGGCUGGCGUGCAGCGCAAGCGGUCUAGUGGCGGCUGCGGGCGCUGGGAGCAUUGAAGAGCCUCGAUAAGCCUCAGUAUAUUACAUAGGCCUUCUUCGAUAUAGGCGUCCGGUGAAUGGUCUGCAGGGAAGGGCACAUAGGCCCCCAGCUACCCUUCCAAUUACAGUGUAAGAGUGACUUAGUGAUAACAUUUUGACGGUUGCGAGUGUCUGACUGCUUUGACAAGAGUGGCAUGCGCGUUCUGCAUUAUACGCAUGGCUGACCCUUCACUUGCGCCUUGCGGCUACUGUUUACCACGGUGUGACAAGCGUGGAUCCGUUCAGGCGUUACUGAUACUCAAGCUGACACAAGUGACCGUUGCGUUGCGGAUUGGCGUGUGACGUAUAAAUGGUGGUAACGGGGUCCGAUUGCAGGGCUAGGUGUGUGUGUUGCCUAGAGGGCUGCACACGAAUUCUUUGGAACAUGCGGCUUGGUCCCGUUCGGGUUCCUGAAGAGUGCAGGAUUUCGAUAAAGCGGCCGCAGGGGUGCACUCCUCAGCGGCCGCAUGUGCGCGUCGAUCAUUGGUGCCCGAUUCUUUCCAGUGUAAAUGCACUGCCUGCAAGCAAGUUGCGGUGGCAGGUGGCAGGUGACGGCGCUAUGCCAGGGUGCCAUAUGGAAUCGCUGGACAUGAUGCUCAGGUCGCGGAGGGCUUGAAUACCAGCUAGGAGCAAUUGCGCAACGACACGGGACUCGCGGGUGUGGGGUGGGGCGGGCUGGCCAGGGCUGACCGUGUCAAGCCAACAUGCCGAGCCCCAAUGUGCAGAACCGCCGGCCUGAACAUAUGCCGCCUUCA